UCAGAAGCAUAUUUAGAAAUCAAUAGAUGGGCGUGUAACAGAGCCUAGCUCGGAACCUCAUAUGUGGGUCUCUCAUUUCCACCAGGAUCAUUAUAACAUGAGCGAGAGGAAACGCCACGGCUCAACCGAUGAGAAUGUUACAUACUGACAGAUGCUUGCCUUCAUUCUCACCUGAUGGGAUGUUGUUUAAAUUAACAUGGAUGACGUUUUACUGAAAGAAAGGAUUCGCGAUGUCAUGGAGCACACAGAUAAGAGUUUAAGGUGACACCCCUCUUGGUAUUCUGGACAAACACAAUGGACAUGACCUCAGAGGACAUGAUGAAGGAAGACACCAUAUUUUGUUCGUUAAGAUUAAUAUUCUUCAAUGAAGAGAACUGAUCAAACUUGUUGAGUAUGGCAUCGUAUUCAGUCUUUAACAUCAACACUGUUACAGUGCCUACAGUGACUACAGUCGAUCCUGCAACUUCCACUCACCUACCCGCACUUGGAUACAAAGUCAUUGGUUCAAUCUUCACCACUGUUUCAAUUUUCGCUUUUUUCGCCAACGGAUGCGGAUUACUGGUGUUCCUCAGAAAUAAGACACUACGCUCGCCGACAAAUCUAUUCAUCAUGUCGCUAAGCAUCUGUGACAUUCUGAUGGCACUUUGUUCAAGUAUGGCAUGUGCAGCCAGUUUUAGCCAUGGGUGGGUGUUUGGUGAUGUGUUCUGUGUUCUUGAAGGAUUCAUGGUGUACUUCCUAGGCCUUACCUCCAUGUACCUUCUGGCCGCCAUAUCAGUUGACAGAUACAUUGUGAUGUCGAAGCCACUUAUGUCCUAUAAGAUUACCCAUCGUGUCGCAGCUACCGCUAUCUUCGUGUGCUGGGGGAUGGGCUUCUUCUGGGCAGCUCUUCCUCUGGUAGGAUGGAAUCAUUAUAGCUUGGAAGGGGUCGGGAUUUCUUGUAGUAUUGUAUGGCAGAGCGAAGACCCCGUCAACUUCAGCUACAUCAUCGUCAUCUUCUCCUUCUGCUUUAUCUUCCCCUUGUGUCUCAUGGCCUUCUCCUACUAUCAUGUUUACAUGACGAUCCGCAAUAUUGCAAAAUGUAAUGUGUGGAACUCAAAGAGUCGAGUGGCAAGAAAGAAUCUCAAACUGGAAAGAAAAUUGUUCAGAACAUGUUUACUCAUGGUUUGUAUGUAUCUGUUGUCAUGGCUGCCAUAUACAAUCGUAUCGUUCAUGUCGGCGUUUGGUGCAGCUAAGAUUAUUUCUCCGUUAAUGGCCACAGUUCCAGCCCUUGUUGCUAAGUGCUCAGGGUUAUGGAACCCUGUGAUUUACAUAGCCACAAAUGCUCAAUUUAGAAUUGCUCUCUAUGAACUCCUACCCUGCUCGCCAUUGAAGAAGGACCUUGAUAACAACACUGACGCGAGACUGGUGUCUUCUGAAGAUAGGACAUACAAAACAAGGUCUGGAUUCUCCUGUGAAAAGAAAACCAAAGCCGGUCAAAUGUUUGAUCUAACUUUAAUGAAGGAUCAAAUUCCUGUCGAUCAAACUGUUGUGGAAGAAUUGUCGCCAAGGGUGUCGCCUGUGAAUGGUAGAUGUGUGAGAAUUGAGCUGUCCGACCUGGGUAUGGGAAAUAAGGCGGACAUUUGAGUCCAAUGUAUAAUACAGAAGUUGAUCAAAAAGUUAUUCCUUACUUUAAUUAAGGAAAUAAUAUUAUAUCAUGCCACUUGUAACGUUGUGCCUAUUGAGUUUUUACACUGGUUACAUUUUUACAUUCCAUGUAUAUGAAAUCGAAUCACUAUAUUCCUGUGACCUGCUUAAGGUACCAAUUGUCAACGGUACGCACAGACAUGUAAGUCUGCAAAGGUUACACAUUAUGCUGAACCUUUUUUUUUUCAUUUUACAUGAAAUUAACACUCUCGUUAUAUUUCUAUUGUAGCUAUAAAUAUCCUUCAACCACGAUGUGGUAAUUUGCUCACAUCCAUUAUUUUCGAAUGGUGUUCUGGUGGUAGUCUGUACCCCCGACCCAAGAUCCUUGAGAAUAAAUUUAAAAACCGCACCCAACUCAAGUCUAGAAUGAUUUGGCAAGUCUAAAUUGCCUCAGCCUUGAAAUUAAGCAUUGAUCUCAGCUCAAAUUUGGAUUUGUGUUGUAUUUUGUAGAUAAUUUUGUUUUUUUAGAUAAGAUGACUGUUGCAUUAGAUAAUAACGUUUUAAUGCCCUUAUUUUGGAAGCACAAUCAAUGUAUACCUUGAUUAACUUAAAUAAUGCAUAUAAACUGCCAUUAAAUUCAGCGUUCGUAUUGAAAUAUCCAGAAUAGUCUUUGUGUUCAAAUUUCUUCUUUUUUCAACUCUAAAACAUUAAUCAAUCUCCAUUCGUAUUAUAGAACAGUGAAACACGCAUUAGCUUAUUGAUUAAAUUUCAUGGAAAUCUCAAACAGAUAAGAAAUGCAAAUAAUUCAAAAUUCGAAUGCAAAAAAUAUAUUCGUAGGAAGGGAAGGUUAAUAUAUAUUAUCGGAUUCUCUUCAGCAUUUGUCGUUUGGUCUUUUGGAUAACAGAGAAAUGCAUGUAUAACGAUAGGUGGUUUCCAUGUCAUAGGCUCAAAGUGUCUUCACUACAAUAUGUGUAUACAGAGGGUCGUAAGCUCAAAGUGUUUUCAUUUACAUGUGUAUACAUUAGGUCGUAAGCAAAGAUAUCACUGUGAGGAGCUUGUGUUUGUCACAUUGGAGAUAUACAACGUUAUCGGUGGACAGCAAACCAAGUCUACAACGAUUUCGCUGGAAAGAACUCCAGUUAAAACCGUCAGAUUGCAUCGAAUGGGGCAUCUAUAUAGCUGGGAUCCGACUGUGCACAUGAAAGUCAUUGUUCCAAUGACCAAUGCAAACGUGGUAUUACCUCAUGAGAUUAUAAUGUAUUUACGUGUGUGUGUGUGUGUGUGUGUGUGUGUGUGUGUGUGUGUGUGUGUGUGUGUGUGUGUGUACAUGCGUGCGUGCGAGCGUGCGAGUGUGCGAGCCUGCGUGCGUGCGUGCGUGUGUGUACUCAAUUUUGAUUUUUUUUUUAUAAUGGGGAUGGUCACAGAAGACUUUACCCUUACUUAAUUUAACGAUAUGUUAAAGUUCAUAUUCGUAUAUUUCUUCAAGUGUAAAAAUCAACAUUGUCCAAUAUACAAUAUGUUUUAAGAAAGUCGUUUUUUAUGUCCAUGUGCGACGUGAUGACAUUUGUGUGUUGGCAUUGACCAUUUGAUUGUUAUCCUGUUGAAAUCAUACCUUAUGUUAUGUUGUACACUUAACAGUUGAACAUAAAGUUGUAUUGUCUA